UCAGAGUGAUAUUCAUGUUUGUCUUUUACUUUCUCCAUCAUGAGGUCUUGUUGACUUUCCAAAAUAUUACAUGCUGGUUAUUAGAAAGAUAAGUUAUUUUGUCUGUAGCUAUACUCGGUUUAGACAUAUGCAUACUUUAUUCCUGUCUUUUCUCUAAUAUACUAUCCCAUCAUCUGAAAUUCUUGGCCUCAUUUACAGAUGCAGUUAUUCCAAUCACUUGCUUCAUUUUGGUGUGUCUUUUUGCACUUCAACACUAUGGCACACAUCGCGUUGGAUUUUUCUUUGCUCCGAUUGUGUUAAUGUGGCUACUAUGCAUAAGUGCCCUUGGGUUAUUUAAUAUAAUCCACUGGAACCCGCAUGUCUAUCAAGCUCUUUCUCCAUAUUACAUGUUCAAGUUCUUGAAGAAGACUAGGAAAGGUGGAUGGAUGUACUGCUCUGCAUAACAGGCUCCGAGGCAAUGUUUGCUGAUCUUGGUCACUUCUCUUAUUCUGCAAUUCAGACUGCUUUUACCUUUCUGGUUUAUCCGGCUCUUAUACUAGCAUACAUGGGUCAAGCUGCGUUCUUGUCUCAACAUCAUCAUACGAGUUACCAAAUUAGCUUCUAUGUCUCAGUUCCAGUGUACUGUACAGAAAGUGUGAGAUGGCCUGUUCUCAUAAUAGCAAUUCUCGCUUCUGUUGUGGGAAGCGAAGCAAUCAUUAGUGGAACAUUCUCAAUAAUCAAUCAGAGCCAGUCACUUAGUUGUUUCCCUAGAGUGAAGGUCAUUCACACUUCUGAUAAGAUACAUGGCCAGAUUUAUAUCCCUGAAAUCAACUGGGUGCUCAUGAUCCUCUGCAUUGCUGUGACUAUUGGAUUUAGAGAUACAAAACACAUGGGGAAUGCAUCAGGAUUGGCAGUGAUGACCGUGAUGCUGGUGACGACGUGCCUCACUUCCCUGGUUAUUAUACUCUAUUGGCACAAGCCCCCAAUUGUAGCUCUUUUGGUUCUUCUUUUCUUUGGUUCUAUUGAGUUGCUAUACUUCUCAGCUUCACUCACCAAGUUCACUGAAGGGGCUUGGCUCCCUAUUCUCUUGGCCCUUUUCCUCAUGACAAUCAUGUUUGUAUGGCAUUAUGCGACCAUCAAGAAAUAUGAAUUUGAUCUCCACAAUAAGGUAUCAUUAGAAUGGCUAUUAGAAUUGGGUCCAAGCUAGGAAUUGCUCGAGUACCGGGUAUCGGCUUAGUUUUUACCGAUCUCAUCUCUGGAAUCCCCGCCAAAUUUUCUCGUUUUGUCACUAACCUUCCUGCCUUCCAUUGUGUUCUUGUCUUUGUGUGUGUUAAAUCAGUACCUGUCCCUUUGGUGCCCCCAGCUGAGCAUUAUCUUGUGGGCCGUGUAGGUCCUUCUGCUCAUCGGUCUUAUAGGUGCAUUGUUCGUUAUGGUUACCGGGAUGUGCAUCAGGAUGUUGAUUCUUUUGAAUCGGAACUGGUUUCCAAAUUGGCUGAUUUCAUUCACUAUGAUUGAUAUCUAAGCCAGAACAGUCCCCACGCUGAGGAUGAUGUCGUCACCCACUCAAACGAAUCACAAGUGAAUGUAGAUUAACCGUGAUAGUGACAACUGCAUUUUCUGGCACACCAGCUUACGAGAUUGAGGAAAGCAUGCAACCGGCAAGUGUGUCUGUUGGAUUCUCAACCGUAGAAAGUGUCACAGAUGUCAUUGAAAUGGAGCCUGUGCGUGCUGCCGAAAGAAGAGUUAGAUUUGCCAUUGACGAUGACUCUGAAUCUGAUGUCCGGAUCGACAUGGAGUUGCAGUUCUGAGAAGAGAUACAAGAUCUGUUAGCAGCUCAAGAAGCCGGGACUGCAUUCAUACUAGGCCAUUCUCAUGUUCGAACAAAGCAAGGAUCAUCCGUUUUGAAGAGAUUGGCCAUCAAUUUCGGGUACAAUUUCUUGAGAAGGAACUGCCGUGGACCAGAUGUGGCACUGAAGGUUCCACCAGUAUCUUUACUAGAGGUCGGCAUGGUUUAUGUGGUAUAAGCCUCUGAUCUACGUAGUUUUUGUAGCUUUGUAUGCCAUAGCUGGCCUGUAAAGAAUUAUAUUGUUGCUGUUGUCACGGUC